CCCGUCCCCGGACCAGUCAGUGCUAAUGUGGGGCUCUCUGACACUGUGACAUUAUACAAACUUAAAACACAAAUGCACACAUGGACGUGUAGGUUAAUGUACAGUGUGUUAUGUGUAAUUUAGGCUCAAGCAAUAUGGUCAAAAUCCCUCAGAUGAUUAUUGUAUUAUUAUAUUAUCUGUACAUACAAUAUUGAUUAUUGCCUAUUAUUUUCUUUAUUAUCUGGCACUGGAAAGAAGAGAGGGCAAAUAACAGGUGAAAAUAUGCACUCAUAUAUAUGCAAUCGGUUAGAUUAAUAUAUGAAUGUAAAUGCAUGUAUUAUAGGGCAUUCACUGGAAGAAGUUGACACCUCACUUAAAUAUUUUAUUUUUAUUUUCUGAAUUUGAUUGUAAGUUUUUUGGCCUCACAGUGAUCUCUAUAGGUCUCAGUACCUAUGAGAUGUGGUUGAAAGCUCUGGGAAAAGCUACUGAAUUGACCUUGUUGUGUCAGACUGCCUCCUCUUUUAAAUAUGCAUCACUAUAGUUUUGACUCUGUUCCACAGGACUCAGCUCCAGCUUCAAUCAUUUAAAACUGACACACACAUUUAUAAAGUGAAAAUGCUCUUUUAGGAUGUCCUGAUGAUGCCUGGGACACAUUUGAAUGCAUGUACCUUUAACAAAAUCUAACUUCCCCAGUCUGCCUUAAAGAGCCAGGCAUGUGCUACCGAGUGCCUCCCCCUGUUCCCUCCACAACAAACUGCCUCUCGCCCGUCUUAAGGUGGACCAACACAGAUGUACUGUGUGCAUAGGCUAUGUCCUCUACACAGUGGAUAGGGAAGAGUUAAUUCCCACACUCACUGCAGACUGGGAUUCUGCAAGGGCUCUCUGGUGGAAGUGGUGAUGAUAGUUAUAUACAGUAUGUUACAUUCAUAUUUUGUCUUGAAUAAAAUCAUUUAGACACGGCUGAUAGAGACAAACAUCUCAGAUAAUACAGUGUAUAUAACAUCUACUGUCCACGUGUCAUGUUUGGUAUAAGCCCUCACAGUUGCAUGCUUUCAAGGUAAUAAGCUGGUCAGUUGGCAUGAAACAAUACUAGAGCUCUCGUGUCUAGUUGGCUUCACAUUAUCACUUCAUGUGACUUUGUGCUACUGUAAGAAUCUUAAUGUAAUCCUUUAGAGAAGGGAUUUACCUUAACACAACUGUUGUAGAAAGAGGCAGGCGAAGCUUGUGGGCUUUUAUUCAUUGAGUUCAUAAUUUUCCUUUUAAAUACAAAUGUGAAGACAAAAACCCUGGAAGUUGUUUAUUCCAGCAUUGUUUUUUCAGAAUUAGCCCCCCCAGUAUUUUGCUUUUGCAGGUCAAAUUCAGGAUGGGACGCUGCCAAGUAACCAGCCGGUGCAGUAAUAAGUGUAAGACGUCAGCUUGAAGCCUAGAUGUCUGUGAGCAUCUACAGACGGAGUGACACACUAAAAGGAGGCAGAGCAAAAGGAAUCACAGGUUUUGGGAUUUUAACUUAAUGUGAAAGUAUUAAAAAUGGGGCGUUCAUCUUUGCUCUUCAUUACACUGACCGUGUAUCUCUCAUCACUUGGAAGCCUGAUUCAAACUUCACAUUUACCGGACAACUCAGUCCGAAUGACUCGAAGCACAGCUAGAAAUAACAAUGCCCCGGACAGCGUGGCCACUGAAGUAAUCUUCCACCCAGAGAGCAGCAGUGACACCGUGGAGAGCAGUGGACAAAGUGUUGACAGUACAGCAUCGCAGAAAGUCAUCAAUCAGACUGUUAUUCCAAAGAGGCCUGAGCGAGCUGGCACUGAAAACCGUCCUGGGUCUGGAAUCACAUUAACUACAACACCAGCACUUACUCUACAGCACUCAGGAGGUCACGGCCAAGAGGCUGACAGAGCUAAUUCUUCAAUUACAGGAUAUACUCACUCCAGUGUGCACAGUAUCUCAGAAGAAGCUCUCAGCCACAUAACAACUGAGGAGCAGUUAAAAGAGACUCACAUAUCGAUAGUAAAUGAGGAUUUUCUGGAUGGUCUGUCUUCAGACGUGGACAGCCCUAAAUUCCCCGUCCAAAACAAUGUGCUUACUUCCAUGACGAACCAGAACCAGUCGGAACCUGGAGGCCCCUGUGUGCUCGGUCUUAGACCUUGUGUUGUUCUGCCAAACUUUAAUGGCACCAGUCUGCUCUGGGAAGACAUGAGGCGCACACUGGCAUUUGCCUGGGAACUACAUGUCUUUGGAUCUGCCGGCCUUUUCAUACUGAUGGCAGUCCUGGCCGUUGUGGGGAUGGGUGGUGCAUGCACUCUUCCUCAUCCCGUCUGUGAUGCCCUGAUUCUGGCAAAUAGUCUCCUGAUCCUGAGUGGUACUCUGCGUGGCUUCCUCCUUCUACUUGAUCCUUAUGGUACCCGUCAAAUCCUGUCUCGUGCUGCUCUGGCAGCCUUCCAUAAUGUCCCUCUGCAGCUCCUUCUGUGGGCACAGGUUGCCCUCACUCUGGUUACACUCAAGGGGUUGAAUUUAUUAUUUUUCCCAAUAAAACUGCAGCAGCCAUGGGUGGUUGGAGGACUGGCUAUAUCACAUUGCACUCCAUUACUUGUAGCAGACCUUUUCUCUCAAACCUUGUCCCCCACUCUCCCUCUGUUGCUACAGACGCUCUCCCUCUGCUGGGGCCUCCCAUUCUGCUUGGGAAUGGUCUCUAAGUCUUUUUCUCAUACACAUCCCUUUCUCAGAUCUUCUGUGCCUCAGUGGGUUCCUUCACCGAGGGUUGAGACGCGUGCAAAGAGAGUAACAGCAGUGUGUGCCUUCCUUGGGGUUCUCUGCUUCAGCUUUCAGAUGUAUAGUCUCCUUUGGCUUUAUGGGCUACUGGGGAACUGGAGGCGCUUUGGCUGGGGCUGGUGGCUCAGUCAGUUUUGGGCCAGAAUUCUUGAGUUAGCAUGGGGAUUUUCUUUGCUUGUCCUGGGAUCCUGGAUCUUUUGGCUGCCAUCAAGGGGUCAUUCAAGGGGUGAUAAUGGGCAGGGCAGAAGUGAGGUGUCUAAAGGGUUGGAGGAGACAAGCUUGUGGGGUAACAUCUUGGCCAGCAUACAGAAAGGGCCGCUAAGAAAAUCUGAGAAAACCUGGGAAGACCUGAUGCCAAGUACCUGGGCAAAGUAUAACCUGUCUAAAGCCGGUUUCAGCAACAACAUAAUGUGUCCAUAUGAUGAUCAACCGUGUACCAUUAUACAAGAAUACAAGCCUAAUCCUGCUGGCAUUAGCAGCUCAGAGUCUCAGGCUGCACUUCUGUGGCAAAAAGUUGGUGAACGCGAAUGUGUUCUUUCACUUAUAGAAUUUGACAUGAGGCCACCAUCUCCUAUUAACCUCAGGCGCAGCAUUGACAAUGCCCUCCAUCACGGACAGCUUGUAGCAGGAGGUCUGUUUACGCCUCCACCUCCCUCUUGGAUUCACUCUGUGGCCACAGAUGCCACUGACGGAGAAUGUGGUACAACUACAUUCCCUCCAGCUUACGUCGGCUACGGGUGGAAGUUGGAUACAGAGUCUAUUUCUGCAUCUCUAGAUCAUUUCCAAGCUAAAGAGCAGAUACAGUCAGCUGACGCUGAUUAUAACGGUAGUGCUGGGUCUCCAGCUACUGCCCACCAGGAAGAAGAAUUUAAUUCAGCGUUCUCAGCGGUGAUGCACCAUGACUGGUGUGAGGAUGAUAUCACAGAUCUCUAAGCUGUCUACUGAAUUUCUGCUCCAUCACCAUGAAAUGCCACAUUCAUGUCAUGCUAACAGUAAUGCUCUCGCAAGACAUGGCCUCAUCCAAGUAAAAACUGCUUUUCUUGAAAGUAAUUAAAUGAUAUAUAUUCAGCACAAAAGCCCCUUGAGUAGUCGUAUCACACAAAAGUCCUUAAUUUUAUAAGACAUGUAUGUUUUGGAGAAGAUAAGGAUGGGGCCUGGUAGAAAAAUGUCAAUUUGUUAAUCUAGUCAUUGUGAUUUGAAUUGUCAAAGGGAAUAUUAUCGUUUUCCACGAUUAUAGGGUUUUAUAAUGAUUGUUUAUUUAUGCCAGUGUUAUUUAUGAAUGCAGGAUAGACCACUUCUCAGUCAGCAGUGUAAAAUUCCUUUCAUUUGAGUCGACACCUCUUUCCUGUUUUUACCAGAUUAGUGUUGUAACUUCACUGGUUAAAAGUUGUGAGCAUUUGUCUGAUUUACCUUGGUAAUAUGUGAAGCUGCACUAUUUAACUCUGCAAGAAUGAAUAUGAUUUGAUGUUUUCAUUGUGUUGUUUGUAAAUAAAGGGACUUCAUAUGACUCA